ACAGGCGAACUAUGGAUAUCAAAACGUUCCUUCACAAUCUUCGUGAAGAAGUGUCUUGUCCAGUAUGUACAAAUAUCUACACGGAUCCAAAACACCUCCCAUGUCUUCACAGUUUCUGUCUGCAAUGCUUAAAAAAAUGGCACAAAACAAGCCAUGGCGGAGAAACAAUCAGAUGUCCGAAAUGCCAAGUUGUUAGCAGAGUGCCCGACAGUGGCGAUCUGAAAGACCUUCCCACCAGUUUUUAUCUGAACGGUUUGAUUGAUGUACUGGCCAUUAAAGAAUGCAAAACCAGCCAAGUUGAAUGUGGAAACUGUCAAAAGAAAAGUUUCAAGAGUUCUUAUUGUUUCCAUUGUUGCAUGUUUUGGUGUGAAGGGUGCCUAAUUGCACAUAACAUCAUUCAAGGCAAUAAAGAUCACCGUGUUUUAGCGCUCAAGGACUUUCAAGAAAAAGAUUACACAGAUGUGUUGAAACUACCCUUGUACUGCUCUAUACAGCGGCACGAGAAAGAAGAACUUAAAUAUUUCUGCAACAACUGUGAAACGGCAGCUUGCCAAAGCUGUGUUUUGAUAGAUCAUGCGGGUCACGCCAUAGUGCACCUAGAGGAAGAAGUGGAAAGACAAAAGACGAAAAUAAAAUCACAAAUUGAAAUACAGAAGCGCGAUAUACAAGAAAAGAUUAACACUAUGGGUCAACUGAAUGAAGACUGCGCUAAAUUGAUACAACAAAUCGAAGAAAUAAAGAGAGGAGUGCAGACGUUUGUGGACAAUUUGAUCGCAACUAUUGAAGCAAAGAAACAGAAUGUCUUUACAGCGGUGGAGGAUGAAACGAAGAGAUUUCUCGAAGCUCUAACAACGCAAAAGACGGAGAUAGAAUGUAAAAUAAAGAUCAUCGAAACAUCGCUGGAAAAAGCUGAUAUAAUUCUAAAGCGAAGCACAAACGCAGAUGUCGUUCAGGGGAAGGAAUCAUUAGAGAAAAUCUUUCAGAGAGCUACCCAAAGCCAGCCAAAGGACCGAUACCCGCAAAAGCUUCCUGUUUUAAAUUUUGUGGAAAACCCAAAGAUGCUCAACACCGUAAACGCCGAAGAAAUCGGAAUGUUGCAAAUGGCUCACCAAACGAAAGCAAGUCAGUCAGUUGCUGCAGGAAAAGGACUUGAAGAAGUAAUUGCUAACCGUGAAGCGCAGUUUACUUUGACUACAAGGAACUUCAAAGGAAAAGAGUGUUACAAUAAACGUGACAAUGUAACGGUAGAGAUCACGGAUGAACAAGGACGAGACUGCGCCACGGACUUGCGAAUAAUUGACAAUAACGAUGGACGCUAUCAAAUCAGCUUUUCUCCUAGAAAUGAAGGAAGAUGUAAAUUGACAAUAAAGGUAAACGGGGAACAUGUUCGGGGCAGUCAAUUUUUUGUCCUCGUAAAACCAUUUCAGUUUAGACCUGUUUUAUCUUCUGGCGAGAAAGGUUCGUCUCUUCGAAAAUUUAGUCUGCCUUGGGGUGUGACAGUGAAUGCUAGGGACGAUAUCGCUGUAACUGAUUUCGGGAAUCACAGAGUUCAAAUUUUCAGUGGUAAAGGAAAAUUUUUGAGAUCAUUUGGUAAAAAGGGUGACAAAGCGGGAGAAUUCAACAAGCCUCGGGGAAUAGCAAUUCAUAACAAUGGCAAUAUUUUCGUGGCAGACAGUUUUAAUUAUAGAAUCCAAAUUUUCAGUGGCGAAGGUGAGUACGUGGGAGGCUUUGGUGGGAAAGGAAACCUUGAUAGUCAGCUUGAUAAUCCCUAUGGUUUAUCUGUAGACGUUGAUGGGAACAUCAUUGUUGCUGAUGCGAAUAACAAACUGAUUAAGAUCUUCUCUCCUGAUGGCAAGUUUCUAAGGAAAAUAGGUGGACAGGGCACUCUAACGUUUCCUUUCCACUGUAUUCAGUAUGAUAGAUAUCUCAUAGUGUCUGACACUAGUGAAAAUUGUAUCAAAGUUUUUGACAGGAAUGGAAACUUUCAGUACAAGUUUGGAAAACAUGGAGCAGGGGACGGGGAGUUUGAGAACCCAAGCUGUUUGUUACUGAACAAGUCCGGACAACUUUUGAUCUGUGACUCUUCAAAUCAUAGAAUACAAGUAUUUGAACUGAAUGGAAAGUUUGUAGGUAAGUUUGGAACACGAGGUUUAAAUUUAGGAGAAUUCAGUGUUCCAUGGGCACUCGCUGCUCUCAGUACUGGGCGAUUUGUUGUUGCUGAACUUGGUAACCAUCGUAUCCAGAUAAUUGAGUAGUCCACGUUCGCUUUAGUGAAUUAUAUGGUUUACUAUAAUUUGAGCAAAGCCGUUUAAAUUUAAACGGUUAAUAUUAGUUUAUGCAUAAAUAAAUCAAGUUUUACAGAAAAUUCACUAGAAAAAACAGCGAUUAGAAAGAAAUGGUAGAAGACUUCUUUAGCGUAUAGAUCCGUUAAUUUUUGGCUAAGUGGGAGAACAAUUGAAGGAUAAUCAAAUCCAGUACCUAUGUUUGUGAACAUUCCGAUAGAAGCCUAUUUCUACUGAGAAUGUAUUGUUUACAGAAAUUUUUGCAAAUAUAUUUGGUAUUCACUUUUUUAACAAACCAAAGGUUUUUGUUAUUCAUUCUAAUUGGGCGCACAACAAACGAUUACGGUCACUCCUAGAAAUUCUGUGGGGCCUUUGCUUAUUAAUUUUUUGUGGAUAAAAUUAAAAAAAUAUAUAUAUAUAGAGAGAGA